UCUUCCGGUCUGGUCUUUAUAAACAUCUGGACGCAGCUGGAUUCGGAUGUGCGCGCGCGCCCCCCCGCCCCUCCCCGGUCCCAGACGCAGCCCGGGGGGCUUGGAGAGUCAGAGCGGAGCGGCUGGAGACUCUUCCAGCGGACUUUCUGAACUAGUCCCCGGUCCUGCCGGUCCUCCCGGUCACCAUUCCCCCGCAGCGCCGCUCCGCGGGGUUUCUGGCGUCCUUCGGUCCCCGAACGGCGCGGAGGAAGUGGACCGUGGUGCUCGCGGUGACCGCUGUCGCGAUGGUCCUUCUGGUUCUGACGGUGGCCGUCCCGCUGCUGCUCCUGCGACCCCCGGAGACCUCGGCUCAUUAYUACGAGAUGAUGGGCACGUGCCGGAUGGUCUGCGAGCCGUUCGGACCCAAACCGGGAGGGGCCACCGCCAUGGAGGUGAGCCAGAACCAGAACCAGAACCAGAACGGGGUCGCACCGCUGCCGCCCGUCAUGGCGCAGGGGACCCGCGGGGAGCCGGGCCGACCCGGGAAGCCCGGACCCAGGGGUCCCCCGGGUGAACCGGGCCCCCCGGGUCCGAGGGGACCCCCGGGGGAGCGCGGGGACAGCAAGGUGGCCUUCCCGGCUCUGACGGGAGCCCCGGCAGGAGACGCGGAGGCGGACGGAACCAACUCCACGGUCAGCGUGUCCCGGAUCGCCUUCUACGUGGGUCUGAAAAACCCGCACGAGGGCUACGAGGUGCUGAAGUUCGACGACGUCAUCACAAACCUGGGGAACCACUACGACCCGAACUCCGGGAAGUUCACCUGCCACGUGUCCGGGAUCUACUUCUUCACCUACCAUGUUCUGAUGAGGGGGGGCGACGGAACCAGCAUGUGGGCCGACCUCUGCAAGAACGGACAGGUUCGGGCGAGUGCCAUAGCUCAGGACGCAGACCAGAACUACGACUACGCCAGCAACAGCGCCGUGCUGCACCUGGACUCCGGAGACGAGAUCUACGUGAAGCUGGACGGAGGCAAAGCUCACGGAGGCAACAACAACAAGUACAGCACCUUCUCUGGUUUUAUCCUGUACCCCGACUGAAAGCCUCGGCUGCAGGUGCUCCGACUGAAUCCUCUGUCCAGUAAAACGCUCAAACACA